AUGUCGGGGAAGCGGAAGGACCGAGCGCAGAAGCGCCGCCGAGACGACGACGACGAUGACGAUGAGACCGUCGAAGUCGGCGCCGCUCUCUCGGCUUAUCAGCAGCGCAAGCAGCAGCAGCAGCGAGGCGACGGGUCUGGCGAUGAAGGCGAUGAGCUCGACGAGGACCAGCGCGAGCGCCGGGCGUUCGAGGAGCGCAUGCGGCUCAAGGACGAAGAGCGCACGCGCAAGCGGUCUGGCCAGAAGGAAGA